AUGAAACAGAUGAAGUAAUUUGAAAUAUGGAACUUGUUAGGAUUGGCAGAUGAACACGAAUGUUUAGGUACAAAUGAUUGUUUGGAAUCAAUUAGGAAUAAACGUGAACUAACAUAGUUGUAAAAAAGAUAUAUUUGUCCCAUAGUCCUCAGAAACUAAAGAAUGCAAGAGAUAUCUGACUUGAUAAUGAAAUAACGGGGACGUAAUUAAAUUAUUGUACAAAAUACUAACAAAGACUAUAGGUAGAGUUAUUCGUAACCAAAGAAAGGGUGCUGGUUCUAUCUUCACCUCGCACACCAGAUUAAGAAAGGGUGCUGCCAAGUUAAGAACUUUAGAUUAUGCUGAACGUCAUGGUUACAUUCGUGGUAUUGUCAAGCAAAUCAUCCACGACCCAGGUAGAGGUGCUCCUUUAGCCAAGGUUUCUUUCCGUGAUCCAUACAAGUACAAGUUGAGAGAAGAAACCUUCAUUGCUAACGAAGGUGUUUACACUGGUCAAUUUAUUUAUGCUGGUAAGAAGGCUUCCUUAA